AUGGCCAACUGGGCAUCGGUAACACCCGAACGUGUCCGAUCAAACCACAUAGAGAUCCCCACACCGGCCAGCCGCUGGGCUCUUACCGACCUCCUCACCCAGCGUCCCCCCUUCCCAAAGUUGCCCAUGGACUACCACCACCGCCUAUACCAGUCCUCUGACAUCGACCACUCCUUCGAGGAGCACCUUUUUCAAUCCGCAAUCCCUCCCUCUCGCUUCAGAAAUGAUUCCAACCCUUCCCAAUACCCUCUCAACAGCGAUACCCCCAUGUACUCUCCUACGUCCUUCUCAGACUCCGUUUCCUCUUUCCCCCCCGCCGGCGUUCCCUACGACAUGAUGAACACCUACUCCAGUGGCAAAGUCUCGCCACUCACCCCCAAUGACCCCAUCCCCCCUCCCUUCAACAACAAGGAUUUCUCUCAUACGCGUUUUGGGGAUCCAUCGUCCUUCCCUCCCUCAGAGAUCCAGGAGGACUUUGCCAUGGGUGGCGUCGCCAACGGCCUUUCCUUCUCCCCGAAUGCGCUGCAGCAGUAUACUGAGCGUCUUGGCCGUUUUCAACCAGGUCAUUCCGUCAACUCCAAUGUAGCCAUGUCGUCCUCUCAAAACCCCGACUUGCUGCGUGCCAUGCCGUCGAAUCCCAAUCAUCCCUACCGCCAAGAAGGUUCCGCCUUCGAUGCCAUGUCCUCUUACCUCCCAAGCCCCCAUAACGAUCUAUCUCUUCGUAUGGCAGACGAAGAGCUCGCUCGCGUUGGUCUGCGCAACUCCUCCAUAAUGGGAGCCUCAAACGAUCUUCAAACCUUCAUUCGUCCUUUCUUGGACCAAUACGUUCGUACCCCCAAUCGCCUCGCAUUUGGCGAAAGAACUGUGAUUGUAAUGUCAAGCAAGGUCGCUCAAAAAUCUUACGGCACAGAAAAACGGUUUUUAUGUCCGCCGCCGACAGCCAUUAUGGUUGGUAACUCCUGGUGGGCCGAUGUGGUUCGUCGGGGCGAGGACCCAAAACUUUGUCCUCCACAUGUCAUUAUUUCCAUAUCAGGAGAACCCGCGCCGCAGGAAGGUUCCAUCGAUUGGACAAGUUCAUCAGGAAAGUCGUUUGAUAUCACCGACCCCCCUACUGGAACUACCUAUAUCGGCCGUUGCGUCGGCAAGCAGUUGUUUAUUUCGGACGUUGACGAGAAGAAGAAGAAAGUCGAGGCUUUAGUCAAAAUCAGUGCCGCUGGCUCUGAUGAUGAACCCGAACGAGUCAUUGGCGUUUUCCCAAGUCGUCCAAUCAAAGUCAUAUCAAAACCAAGUAAAAAGAGGCAGAGCGCAAAGAACCUAGAGCUUUGCAUCAAUCAUGGCUCCACCAUCUCUUUAUUCCACCGCCUUCGGUCGCAAACCGUGUCGACCAAAUACCUCUGCGUCUCUGGAUCGGGUUCCUCGUUCAAGGGUUCUGAUGGUGCGCCCCUUAUGGGUCUGGAUCAACGAGCAAGGGCGACCACUCCUUCAUUUAUUGCUCGCACCGCUAGUUGGGAUCCGUUCGUCAUGUACAUCGUUGACGUCAACAAACCCGCUGGCGGCCUCGAUGCAGCCCCGCCACCACCACCCCAACCUGAUUACCCGUCUCCCCCUCCCAACGCGAUAUCUUUUACCAAUAAUGGCUCACCUAUACCCAUUUACUACAACCAAACCGUAGUUCUCCAGUGCCUCACCUCUGGUGUUGUCAGUCCGGUCCUUAUUAUCCGUAAAGUGGACCACCAAACCACUGUCGUCGGUGGGGGUCUACAGGAAGGCGCAAAAGGUGUCGCUGACCACUAUUGCUCCCCAGGUGAAGUCUGCGGUGACCCUGUCUCGCAAUUGCACAAAGUCGCAUUCGAAGUUUACGAUGGUAACAAGGGUUUACCUGAACUUGGUACUCCAGGUAUCACUGGUGCAUUCCUGUCAUGUAUGGGUGAAAAAGUCAAUACCUAUCGCCCAGUCGACGGUCGGCAAUGGAACAUGGGUGGUAGUCAUGGGUCAGGGUCCCCCGGCAUGCCUAGCUCGCCUGUCUCCUCCACCCCCGUGUCAAGCAAUAAUGAAUACUUUGGUCUGGAUGGACCGGACUCUCCGACAUCUGAAUUCCUCAGCAACGAUGGUGGCAGGGUCAGAAAGAAGCGGUCGACUUCUAGCGCUGGUGGCGUUGGCAAGACUGUCCCUAAAGGACGUCGCAGACCAAGUUCAGCGGGCUCCGUAACAUCCGGCCGCAGAGGUUCCUCCAGCGAUUCUGGAGCCUCCUCUGGCGCCCUCUGGCAAGUGGACAUUGGCGAAACGAGUGUCUGGACCAUAGUCGGCACAGACCAAGUUCGGUAUAAUUUCUAUGUACCACCGGUACUUUACGAUAAUCAGCACGCCCCUCAAACAGGGUCGUUCCCGAUACCCUCAAAGCCUGUGACACCCUUCCCUGGCGUUGUAAAAUACCUACCCCCAGAUCGUGCAGCCGAGGCGCCCAAAUCCAAUUGUGCGUCCUCAAGGGCGGUCCUCGCGAAACCCAAUCCUCACGCAUCCAAAAUGCUGACUGUUUACGGGGAAAACUUCUCCAAGACCGAUCCUGUCACGGUCUUCUUUGGCUCUGAUCCCUCACCGUUCGUGGAAGUGAGAUGUACAGAGGUUUUGGGAUGUCUGCCACCUACGGAAACUCAGAUUGUGAAGCGAAGACCUAUCGUACUCGUCAGACCUGACGGCAUUGUCUUUCCAUCAAAUGUUAUGUAUCCUUAGCGCAUUCUUUCACUCUUAUGCUUUGCUUUUCUUUCGUUUACAUGGCUCCACAUGUCGUGCUCUGUUCUCUUUCGUGUCUGGAUGUUCUUUCCUUCCUCCCCCUCCCUGCCCUUUUUGGUUGACUUGUACUCAUAGUAUACUGUGGACUUUGUGGAAUCGGAUGUUUUUCGC